AUGAAUGCGCAGCUGCGGUUUGAAUGGUUCCUUGAGUUACAUGCCCGAGAAACUCAACUUGGCCGCCGACGAUCUAUCACGGAUGGACAAGUUGCUGGAAUACCACUGGAUGGUGCGAUAAUCGGACGUACUUCCGAUCUUCAACCGAUGGAAAAUCAACCCCAAUCCGUUGGAAAGGGAUUAUCCGCCAAGCUAUUACCUGAACAAGGCGCAUCAUGGACACAUCUCCUUCGCAACUCCUUACCACAACAAGUGGGACCAGACACCGGAAACAAUGCUGGGACCCGUUCUCUCGCAACUGGACAAACGGUUUCAGAGGGCAGUAAUCAUCAUGCCCGUCUGGAAACGUGCAAUCUGGCGGCCGCACAUCCGGUAGAAUGCUUCCGACCUAGUUAUCUUGGGCACGGGCGCCGUUCAGUACCCCGGCCACAUAGCCAGAGAACUGGGAUUCGAAUACCUACCAACAUGCCUGUACGCAGCCGUGCUAUACAACCCAAUCGGCAGCACGCCAACGUCAACGUCAACGUAGAAUCAAACUUUCCCCGCCAACAGCUCGCGUGCUAA